AUGACUUCAGCGUACGAGAAUAACGCUUAUUUCAGCCAUUACGGCGACGAUCAAGUAAACGGAUAUUUAAAUUAUUACCACAAUUUCCAUCCAUCGUCGUCGUCAAUGAUCCAUCAUCAGCAGCAGCAGAGCUACGGAGCGAAUCCAUAUAAUUACUACAACGAAUCUGACGUGGCUUCGACGUCUUCCCAAUCAAGUCAUUAUCAUUAUGGCAACAUCGAGUAUUAUAAUCAAAAUUAUAAUAAUGCCAAUAAUCGAGGCAAGGCAGCAUAUUGGAACCAAUUUAACACAAAAAUGGCGAUCAAUUAUCAGAUGCAGCAACAACAACAACAAGAAUACCCGGCAGCAGCUUUUACUGCAAAGGACAGCAAUUACGGCGAUAAUAAGGCAGCAGCUCAAUUUAGCGAUAAUAACGAGGAAUGCAAUCAAAUUUUAAAUGAUAGAAAAUUAUUCGUCGAUCGAUAUUCAGCUGCCAUCGAUCAAGAUCGCGCCACAGAUUAUUCCACAAAAACCCUUCAAACCACGGAAACGACUCCCUCGGCAUUGCGAACUUUACUCGAAAACCCCCAAAAAACCGACAUGAACACUUUCUACCAAGAUUUCCGCAAAAAAUCGAGUCCCAACCAUCAUUUAGCGAACAUAACGACGCCUCCAUUGUCGCCCGACACUUUUUUACCCACAGCAAAAAAUGACGACAUCGAUUCCCUUCAUGAUUGGACAGAAACUUCAGAUUGUACGGAUGGCAAAGCGAAACGUGUGAGACAAACGUAUACGAAAUACCAAACGAUCGAGCUCGAAAGGGAAUUUUACAUGAACAAAUAUUUGAAUCGGAGAAGAAGACUCGAUAUUGCUCAUGUACUUGGAUUGACAGAAAGACAGGUGAAAAUUUGGUUCCAAAAUCGGCGGAUGAAGGCGAAGAAAAGUAAGGAUUGCACGGAUUUGAUGGCGAUGGAUGCGAAUGGCGCGGCGAUGAUGGGACAAUAUUAUCCGUGUCCAAUGUAG